AUGGCGACCCAGCUCUCAGCCGGCCAGGUUCUCUGUCUCAACGCGGAUGAGCGCGCCCGCUUCGUGCAGCAGAAUCUCCGCGACAACACCCAAGACGGCUCUCUAAACAUCCAAAACAUCACGGGCUGGGAUAGGCUAUCCGAGACCAAGAGGCUCUUCUUGGCCGAGAACUGCUCACCCUCGAUCGACGCCACCGCCCUCGUCGCACUGUUGCAUCAAAUCCCAUCCGAAUCAGAACAUCGUACGAUGCAGAGCUAUUACCUGAGCCCCUCCCGCUCGUCGACGGUCGAGCCCCCUGAGGACGAAGAGCGCGAUUACGAGAGCAAAUGCCACCACGCCCUCCUCGACGACGGCUGCCGACCGCUGUUUCACGCCGGCCUCCUAGAAAUCGAAGCGAACACAGACGCGUACGCCCACCUGCUGCGGCCGUGGGCCAGCCAACAACACCCGGCGGAUGCGAAGGAGGCGUGGCAGGCCCUCUCCAGGCAAUGGAAUCGAUGGAGGGAGUUCCGCGCCUGGCAGCUGCGCGGAAGGCGCAGGAGGCCUGGGUUUGACGAGUAUCUUAACGCACACCGGCGCGACUACUUCAUGAGCGGGGGGACAUCCAGGGGCGCAGCCGAGGCGGAUUUCGAGCAGACCGCGCGCCUGUGCUGGGAGCGCGAGUACGACUACAAGGACGAGGAGGAUGUCGAGAGGCAUGGCGAGCGCCUGGGCAGAUGGCUUUGGACUACGUAUGUCGAGUAUCUCGCCUUCGAAGCGGAGUCCCUCCACGGGCUUGCUGAGGCUGCCCGAAGACUGGAGAAGAGGGCGAAAACACACGACGGUUACAAGGGGAAAUACCAGGCAGCUAAAGCCGCGGCUGAGCAGCAGCAGUCUAGGGUUGGUUGGGUACUGUCUGAGAUAGAGAAGAUCGAGGCAGAGCAGAAGGCUGCCGCUGGCGAGAGCGAUGGCAGCACAAGUGGCAGCAGCAGGAAAAGGAGGUACACAGACGACGCCAACCGACCGGAGGACGUCUUUGAGCCGCGGUUGGGGAAGCGCAGGCGGACGAAGAAGGUGGAAGAGAUGGACAAGACGGACGAGACGGAGAAGAUGCUGGCUGGCAAGAGCGCCAACUUAUCACAGACAAGACGGAGCAAGAGACAUUCGGAGCCCCGGGCGCCGGCUGUCUCUGCAGGCACUACUACUACCCAAACCCCGCCGCCUGGUCGUCGUUGGCGGUCUAAGCGCUUAAAGGCACCUCUCGGGACGGCAACAGCAGCAGGAGCACCGCCGGAUGCGCGUGGAGAGCGGCCGCGAUCGCUGCGACCGCGGGUCAAUGGGAAGGUGGCGACCGUUUCGACGGAUUCAAGACACGGGGGGGGGGGGGGCGAGAAGACCUAG